AUGAUGCACAGAAGGGGAGGCAAGCGUAUCCGGAUGGAUGAUCCAGUGCCGCCGGAGUAUGAGACUCCGAUGACACCGAUGACGCCGAUGACGCCGAUGACACCGAUGAAUGACAACUCUGGCGGGGACGCUAACGACUCGUACAACACGUACGCGCCGUACAAUCCGGCAUCGCAGACUCCGCUUCAGAAUCCCACCCCGGAGCAUUAUUCAUCCGAGAGUUAUAGCUCACCGGGCACCUCGCAGCAGCAGCAGUAUCAGGAACAGUCCGGCAACUUUGACAAUCCGGCACAAUUUGAAGCGCCCAUGACACCCGCUACUCCCAACAUGAGAAUCACAAGGAACACGCGUGCCAGAAUGCGCGGAGGCGUGGUACAGCAACCCAAGUACAAGGAAGUCGACACGGACUAUGCUCCAUCAUCCAGUGGCAGCGGGAGAGGGAGAGGCAGCGGUGGACGUGGACGCGGCAAACGGACGCACCAUUCGCACAGCUUGGAGGAUGAAGCCAGUCUUUACUAUGUUAUUAGGAAUAAUCGUUCUUCGCUCACGACCAUUGUCGAUGACUGGAUAGAAAAGUAUAAAAGCAACAGGGACAAUGCACUGCUUAUGUUAAUGCAAUUCUUCAUCAACGCAAGUGGUUGCAAGGGUCGCAUCACUCCCGAAAUGCAACAGACCAUGGAGCACGUGGCAAUAAUUCGCAAGAUGACUGAAGAAUUCGACGAGGAGAGCGGUGAAUAUCCAUUGAUAAUGACUGGACAACAGUGGAAGAAAUUCCGCGCUAAUUUUUGCGAAUUUGUGCAAAUCCUUGUCCGCCAGUGUCAGUACUCUAUCAUUUACGAUCAAUUUUUGAUGGACAACGUUAUCUCCUUGCUGACUGGCCUCUCAGAUUCACAAGUAAGAGCAUUCAGGCAUACCGCGACGCUUGCAGCCAUGAAAUUAAUGACGGCUCUGGUAGACGUUGCCUUGACUGUAUCGAUAAAUUUGGACAACACCCAGCGGCAGUAUGAGGCGGAGAGGCAGAAAGCCCGUGAGAAAAGGGCGGCGGACAGAUUAGAGUCUCUGAUGGCAAAGCGAAAGGAGCUGGAAGAAAACAUGGACGAAAUCAAAAAUAUGCUUACGUACAUGUUCAAGUCGGUUUUCGUGCACAGGUACAGAGACACGUUGCCGGAGAUACGUGCGAUUUGCAUGGCGGAAAUUGGAGUCUGGAUGAAGAAGUUCCACCAAAACUUCUUGGACGAUUCGUACUUGAAGUACAUUGGCUGGACCUUGCACGACAAAGUCGGCGAAGUCAGGCUCAAGUGCCUGCAGGCGCUGCAGCCGUUGUACGCGUCGGAGGAGCUGAAAACGAAGCUCGAGCUGUUCACGAGUAAGUUCAAGGACAGGAUCGUCGCGAUGACGCUGGACAAGGAGUACGACGUGGCGGUGCAAGCGGUGAAGCUGGUUAUCUCGAUCCUUAAGCACCACCGUGAGAUCCUCACCGACAAGGACUGCGAGCACGUGUAUGAACUCGUUUACUCGUCGCAUCGGGCGGUCGCCCAAGCAGCCGGCGAGUUCCUGAACGAGCGUCUGUUCCGUCCGGACGACGAGGCCGUGGCAGGCAUCAAGACGAGGCGCGGCAAGAAGCGCUUGCCGAACACGCCCCUGAUACGUGACCUCGUUCUUUUCUUCAUCGAAUCCGAGUUGCACGAGCACGGAGCCUACCUGGUCGAUUCUCUGAUCGAGACGAACCAGAUGAUGAAGGAUUGGGAGUGCAUGACGGAUCUGUUGCUCGAGGAGGCCGGUCCGGACGAGGAGGCGUUGGACAAUCAGAAGGAAACGUCUCUCAUCGAGCUGAUGGUGUGCUGUAUAAAACAAGCCGCCACGGGCGAGGCGCCGGUCGGUCGCGGACCCACGCGGAAGAUUCUCUCGGUGAAGGAGCUGAAGCAAGUGCACGACGACAAGCAAAGGCUGACGGAGCAUUUCAUACAAGCGUUGCCACUUUUGCUCGACAAAUACCGCGCGGAUCCCGAAAAACUGGCCAACUUACUUGCGAUUCCACAGUACUUCGACUUGGAUAUUUAUACGAAAUCGCGACAAGAAAUCAAUCUGGAUUCUUUAUUGAGCAAACUCCACGGGAUCGUGGAGAAGAUGCACGACACCGAGGUUCUAGAUACGGCAGCUAAAACAUUGGAGCACAUGUGCGUGGAGGGCCACGCUAUCUUCACCAGAUGUGAUGUCGCUCGUUCCACAUUGAUCGAUUCCAUUGUGAAUAAAUACAAGGAAGCGAUUGAUGAAUAUAGAAAUUUAAUCGAGGGAGACGAGGAACCGGACGAGGAUGAGAUAUUCAAUGUUGUCCAAUCUCUCAAGAAAGUUGCCAUAUUUUAUUCUUGUCACAAUAUGAAUCCGUGGGGAAUAUGGGAUUCGCUGUACAAAGAUAUAGAGGACGCUAAGGAUCCUUCAAAAUGUUUACCAUACGAGGCAGUUAAAUAUUGCAUAAGCGCAUGCUUCUUCGCUAUUCUGUGGGGUCAGAAUCAUUUGAUGGAAGCUGUGGACUUUGGUACUCGCGGCGAGGAGGAAUGCCGUCAAUUGAAGGAACGGCUACACUCGUUCAUGGGCUCGAUGCGUCACUUCGUCAGUAGCGACAGCAGCGGCGCGCCAUCUCCGCCGAUCUUAAGGGAAGAAGCGUAUAACACGAUAUGCGACCUAUUGGUGGUGUUUUGCAGUCAACUGUCCACUCAUGCCAAUCCUUUGAUGCAUCAAUUAGUGUACGAGCCCGACCAAGCAAUGCAGAACAUGCUCAAUAGAUUUAUACAAGAGUACGUCUUCUUUGAAGAGGAAGAUGAUGAACACGACGAGCAUUCAAAAAUCGAAGAGUUACAUAAGCGGAGAAACUUCCUAGCUGGUUACUGCAAGUUGAUAGUGUACAACAUGAUUCCCACGAAAGCUGCGGCCGACGUGUUCAAACAUUACGUGAAAUAUUACAACGACUAUGGCGACAUCAUUAAAACCACGUUGGGAAAAGCGAGGGACAUUAACAAGACGAAUUGUGCGCUGACGAUGCAGCAGAGCUUAAAUAUUUUGUACAACGAGAUUGUGGCGGAGAAGGGCAAGGUGAACAGAAACAGCGAGGAAUUUACCGCGAUCAAGGAACUCGCGAAGCGAUUCGCUCUGUCCUUCGGUCUGGACGCCGUGAAAAAUCGCGAGGCGAUCACGGCCCUGCAUCGCGCUGGCGUCUUGUUCGCCAUUACUCCACCGGACGGCAUCGAACAGGAUCCUACGGGCCCACCACCGAAUUUACCGUUCCUCGAGAUAUUAUUAGAAUUCACCAAUAAGCUUCUCAAGCAGGAUAAACGAGUCGUACUCAACUUUCUGGACAGACGGUUGCAGGCUGGAAUGCCGUCUUCACGAGGAGAGGACUGGCAACCUUUGCUUUUGUACAGAAAUAGUUUGCUACACGGUGAAACUGACCAAGUGCCGGUGACGAGUAAGCGAGCUUACACGAGGCGUAAGAAGGAUCAUUUAGCUGAGGAAGAGGAAGCUGAUGAACCUGAUGAAGGUUCUGAUCAUGAGUUUGCGGGCAAGCACAAAAAAAAACGUGGUCCACGAAAGCAUACAUUACCAGUUAAUAAAGUGGUGAUAACACGCACACCCAGAACAAAUGUAUUUUAUGAAAAUAAUGACACUGGUCCAAUGCAAACGUCCCCUACAGCUAUCAUAGAAGAUACGUCAACAAGUCCUUCGCAAGAUAUCGAUAAUAGACUUAAAACGUUACAAAUACAGCCAAGGCCACGAAGAAAUCAAGAGCAUGUAGAGCACAGAGAAUUGCGAAGAACCUCCAGGAAUUCAGGUCGAUACGUCGAAGGGCAAUAUAUGGAAUCAGAUUCCGAGUGAAAAGACGAAAUCCUUAAAACAGUUUUAUUUCUAAAUUUAGAUAAUUGGAUUGUGAUACGUAUUUAAAGCAAUGCUACGCCAUCUGAGAAUAUCAGAGAAAAAAAAUACUUAAACUGGAUGGCCUAGAAUAUCUUCCCAAAUGAGUAUUAAUAAAUUAUAAGAGACCAGUGUUACGUUACGACUUGUAAGCAAGUGUCGUUUUAUAGAUUUUUGCGUAAACUUUAUUUUAGUUUACGGUAUUUCAUGUUAUGAGUGAUACAAUAUAUGUAUUCCAUUUUUAUUAACAUUUUUUUUCGACAAACGAACUGCUAGAAGAAAUACUAAAUUAUUUAUAACUUUUUAAAUAAACGAGUACAAUU